AUGAUAAUCAUUCCUUCAUCUCAUUCAUCAGUAUAUCAAUGUACAUCUAUACAAAUAGUUCCUAAUAUGGCACGGAUAGAUCCGUACAGUGCUUCAUUGCGUGAAGAGCAGAAAGCAAUUCUCAAUGGGUUGUUAGGCAUUAUCUAUGAUAACUAUGAUACAACCAGACGUAUACAAGCUUCUGUUGAUAGUAUUUAUCGAAUUACUGUCACUCUUUUAAUUAUAAUUAUCCUUCUUGUAAUAGGAUUGGUCUUCAUUGCCUGCUUCGUCGGCUGUCGUAGGUACCAAAAUGAAAAUCAAGUGCCGUUACAUCCGCGAAAAGCCGCUCCAAUCGAGAUUUGA